AUGCCAGCUGUAUUGGCUGUCGCGCAGCUAAAAAUAUACUCGCGGGUCAGUUACGUGUGUGUGCAGCAGUUUAGACUGCACACAGUGGCUGCUAUUUUGGCCCGGUUGCAGUUCGAGCCGUGCGCGAGCGUUGUGCUGCACGGGUUUUGGGAACAGCUCUCUGUGGUGUACUCAGAGAUCCUCACGACGCCGGAGCCGUCGCACGUCUCUGAAUUUAACGAGUACAAAGUGUCGAUCGUUGCUCUUAUGCUAUACAAACUGCAGGUGUUGAGUGAGAAUAAACGGGUGGUUCUAAGCGAUAGUGCCGCGGUUGUGCAACGGCUGGGCGCCAUUUUCGUCUCGAAAAACGACACCCUCGACGACCUCAAGAGGUUCCGGGUGCAAAACCUCGUGUCGGUUGAGCAAUUGGCUGGUCAAUAUGGAAUGAGUUUCUCUAGAAAGGCGGAGACUGGAUCUGGUACUGGCUCUGCUGAGGGUUGA